AUGUCGUCUCACCAUCGCCCCUACAUCCAGCUCGCCCCCUCCGUAAACACCACCACCAUUGUGACGACGACCACGACAACCACUACAUACGCGCCCAUCCCGCUCCCGCCACUCCCCGCCCCGUCGUCCCCCAAAGAUCCAAAGGCAUACCCCCUUCUGCGCGCACACCUCCCCCGAUCCUUACGCCAGUUCCCUCUUGUUUUCCCUGGUGGAUCCAGGGCCACAUUUCGCGAUGGCGAGGUAGGCGAAGAAGAGAUGCAUGAGGAAGAGGAAGUCGUCUGUGGCGCAGGCUGGACAAUGCUCAAACGAGAUGAAGAGGGACAGGCCCAGAAAGACGUAGGCCUCGCUGAAGCGAUCGAGCGAUAUGGCCGCAAGAGGUCCUACAGCAACGAGAACAUGAUGGAGGGCAUCGAGGCUAUCCCAGGACUCGUUACCAACACCCCACCACGCAAGAGGGCAAAGCCAGCUCCCAUAAUGCCCCCAAUCAAUACUGCUGCACCACCGUCCCCCCUUCCAUCUCCCCAUGGCUCACCAUCGCCGGAAAGCAUCUGGCCUUCUGCCCCACCAAGCGGUCAUUCAUCUCCUCAGCCCCCCCAAGCUCCCAUCCAACCAGACGUCUCUAUGACUGCACUCAUGUCGCUUCCUGCCCUUCUUGCUCACUACUCCAAUCUUCCUCCCCAGCUGCAAUCGCAUGUCCUGCUGACGUUCUUGCGACACUCUCCUCUCUCAGUCCUACGGACAUUGCACUCCAUUCUCACACCCACAUUGGCGCGCGACUUCCUGACCCUCCUCCCUCCGGAGCUUGUCUCCCAUGUCCUCAGUUUCCUCUCCUUUUCCGACCUGGCACGUGCGUCACGGGUGUCGAAGGCAUGGAGGGCCAUCAUUGACUCUGAUGCGGUCCUCUGGCGGGAUCUCUUGAAGGCUACUAAGAUAUGGUUCGGACACGGCUCGGAAAUCGCCUUCAAAGAUGCAAUGUUUGCGAGGCAACGGCGCGAAGGUUUGUGCGAGGGUGCUUUACCUCCUCCACAUCCAUAUAAGAUCCUGUUCAAGUCACGACAUCUCACUCGUACGCGCUGGGUGCAGAACCAGAACCCGAAGCGCCUCACGUUCCCGGCGCAUGGGCGGUCUGUCGUGACUUGCCUCAUUUUCUCGCACGGGCGUAUCAUCUCUGCAUCAGACGACCACUCGAUACAUGUCUACUCACCUGUCACUGGCGAGCUGUUGCGCUCGCUUGACGGCCACGAGGGUGGUGUCUGGGCGCUGGCAGCGACGAAAAACACGCUAGUCAGCGGGUCGACGGACCGUACUGUGCGCAUAUGGGAUCUGUCCACAGGCCGCUGUACGCAUGUAUUUGGCGGGCACACGAGCACUGUGCGAUGUCUAGCGAUUGUGAAGCCGGAGUGGGUGGAUGUCGAGAACGACGAUGGAACAAUCUCGCGGGAGAAGUGGCCCAAACGUCCUCUGAUUGUUACCGGUAGCAGGGACCAUACGCUGAGGGUAUGGACGCUGCCAAAGCCAGGUGAUGAUGAAUAUAGGUGUUACGGCGCGGACGACACCGAGGUCGACCCAUCUGAGGAGGAUGUCGAAGACAAUCCUUACCACAAGCUACAUCUGGAGGGUCAUGAACAUGCUGUCCGCGCUCUCGCAGCGCGCGGUCGGACAUUAGUGUCUGGCAGCUACGACUGCACCGUGCGUAUAUGGGACAUCAUCACCGGUAACUGCAAGUGGACUCUUCAAGGUCACACACAGAAAGUAUAUAGCGUUGUUCUUGACAUCAACCGUAACCUCGCAUGCUCAGGAUCCAUGGAUGGCACUGUUCGUGUUUGGAACCUCCAUAACGGUCAUUGUCAGCAUAUGUUGGCUGGGCAUACUUCCCUCGUCGGUCUUCUUGGUUUGUCGCCCUCGUAUCUGGUAUCAGCCGCAGCAGAUUCGACGCUUCGGGUUUGGGACCCAGAUACCGGCGAGCAUCAUCACACUCUGGCGGCCCACAAUGGGGCCAUCACGUGUUUCCAGCAUGAUGAGUUCAAGGUUCUGAGCGGGAGCGACGGCACACUGAAGAUGUGGGACAUUCGCGACGGCACUCAAGUUCGUGAUUUGCUGACUGGGAUUGUUGGGGUGUGGCAAGUUGUGUUCGAAGGUCGAUGGUGUGUUGCAGCGAGUAACCGGAUGGACUCGACAGUACUCGAUGUGUGGGACUUUGGGACUGAAGAAGGGGACGAUGAAUGGGUCGGCGAGCCGCCGGGAGGAGUGUACGACGAAGACAGUGACGAGGAAGACGAAGACGAGCAGGCGGAGGUAGACGCGAUGGAUCAAGACCUCGACGGUGCGAUGCCCUCGGAUAUGGAAGACACUGUCGAUGACCAGGAGUUCGAACACAUCGAGGGAGAUGAUGACCGGCUGGCGGACUGGCGGGAGUCAGACGAAGACGGCACAGUACCGUCGGCGCAGGGAUCGGUGAUGUCCGUUUCAUCCCCAUACCAGAACGAUCGAAAUCGCAGUCGAUCGCUGGGCGCAAGGCUCGUGUCGCGGGGUCCAGCGUCGGCAGGCCCUUCGUCAAUUGUCCGUCUGCCACCAGGAAACGACGAAACGCCGACGCGACCUCGCAUACGCCAUGUCAAUAUGAGCCACAGGCGGCGAUGA